AUGGCGAUGGAUACUCUUGAGUUUCUAAGAGAUAAAACUAUUCUCAUUGUUGGUGCCACGGGAUUUCUGGGAAAAGUUUUUGUGGAGAAAAUCCUGCAAGUGCAACCAGAUGUGAAGUGUAUUUAUACACUUAUAAGGUCUACAAAUGAGGAAUCUGCUCGAGCCAAACUACAGAAUGAUGUGAUAUCCAGACCGUUGUUUGGGCUUCUGCGGGAGCGUUACAAGGGAGAAAGGUAUAAGGAAUUCAUGGCAAGAAAACUUGUUUCUGUUGUUGGAGAUGUGGCACUCAAUGAUCUCGGAAUCAAAGAUGUGGUGAUAUCCAAACAGUUGUUCUGGCUUCUGCAUGAGCGUUACAAGGGAGAAAGCUUUCAGGAACGCAUGGUAAGAAAGCUUAUUCCUGUUGUUGGAGACGUGGUGCUCAAUGAUUUGGGAAUCAAGGAGAGAAUAAGUGAUGUAGGAGCAUCGGAGUAG